AUGAAAAACAACCCUGACUUAGAGAAAGACUAUAUAUUUAAUAAUUUAGUCAAAAGAGACAAACAAGAAAGAAUGCCGGGCUUCAAACUUCAGAAAGGUGACAAAGUAAAAAUAGAAAUACCUAAACGCGACCCAUAUGAAAAUACUAUUGACUAUGACAACAAUGGGAACCCGACAGGUACUCACAUUCGUGUUCGUAAAAAUAGAAGAAAGUAUACAAGAGAAUAUUAUGAAGUUUUAGGCAAACAUGGCAAAAUGUACACACUGCAAGCAGAAGAUAAAAAUACUAUUGUCAGACCUCGUUUCAAACUUGUCAAAGUUCAAGGUGGUAUACUUUCAAAAACAGUUCCUAACAAAUAUAAGACAACUCCAGACGAAUAUGCUAAAGAAGUUGAAAAUGACGACUAA